ACCAUCAUGACCGAGCGACGCCUACCAGUCAAGCAACUGGUGAUACUCUCAAUAUGUCGCUUCGCCGAGCCGCUCUCGCUCACGAGUGUUUUCCCGUAUAUACCUGAAAUGAUGGAAAGUUUCGGUGUACCCGAAAAUGACAUCGCGAGUUGGGCCGGUUGGACUUCUGCUAUUUUCUCUCUCUGUCAAGCUGUAACCGGCAUCCCGUGGGGCGCGGCCUCGGAUCGCUUUGGUCGAAAACCCAUCAUCCUCGUUGGCUUGUUCAACACCAUGUGCACCAUGCUGCUGUGGGGAUUUUCUACCAGUUUACCCAUGGCCAUCACUGCUCGCGCCCUCCAGGGUCUCGGCAACGGCAACGUCGGUAUACUGAGAACUACGGUCGCAGAGUUGUGUCCUUGGAAAGAGCUGCAGCCGAGGGCAUUUAGUAUCAUGCCUCUGGUUUUCACGAUUGGGAGUAUAUUCGGACCAACAUUGGGAGGGGCUUUGUCGAAUCCGCUGAGAGUCGAUCCAAGGGCACCGAAGGGAGACAAGUUUCUGGAAAGGUUCCCGUACUGUCCGCCGAACAUCGUCGCCGCAACCAUUUUUGCGGUCGGCAUCAUCACCGGGUGGCUGUUCUUGAAGGAAUCUAUGGAAUCAAAGAAAAAUGAUCGAGAUCUCGGCUUGAUUGUCGGCGAGAAAAUCACCGGCUGCUACCGAACCAUUUUUAAUCGGCCUACCCACGAGAAGAAGACUCUUCCAGAAGAGGAACCGCUCCUCGGCCAACCGAAGUUGGCAGACGAUGAAGAAAACGAUCUCACAAACUCCAAGUCUACCGCUGUAGAGGAGGCUCCCCCUAUGCGAGAUGUCCUUUCAUUCCAGACCACCUUGAACCUUGCCGUCUAUGCACUCCUCGCCAUGUAUUCAAUAGCGUACGAUCAGCUUCUUCCAGUAUAUAUGCAUCAUCCAGUACAAUCCAUCUCAUCUCCCGCCGUAUCUCUGCCCCUCAAAUUCACCGGCGGCUUCGGCAUCGACUCACGCCGCAUCGGCGCCAUCUUUACCAUCUACUCCAUCAUCUGCAUGCUUUUCCAGUUCCUCCUCUUUCCACCCAUGACUCGCAAACUUGGUGUCCUCCGCUGCCUCCGCAUAUCCUUCCUUAUCUACCCGGCCGUGUACUUCGUGACCCCCUUCGUCUCCCUCCUCCCCACCGCCCGCACACGCGAAAUCGGUAUCAUCUUCGUCCUCAUCUUCCGCGGUCUGGCCGGUACUUUUGCGUUUCCAACUUCCACCAUCAUGAUCACAAACAGCGCGCCGAGUCUGCAAGUCUUGGGCACCAUCAACGGCCUCGCGACAAGCGUGAGUGCAGUAGGUCGAGCAGCGGGCCCAGCUAUAGGCGGGAAUCUAUUCUCUUACGGCGUCAAAAAAGGAUACAUCAUCUUACCGUUUUGGUCGCUCUCCGCUUUUGCGCUGGCAGCAUGGAUCCCGACACUGUGGCUCGUAGAAGGCGAUGGAUUCGGCGAUGAUCCCGAUGAUUCUUCCUCAUCAUCCUCAAUCUCUGAAUCGGAAAACGAGACCUCUGCUCACGACUCUACUCCAACCGCAUCCACACCCCACGCCCCCAAACAAACACAAAACACCGACCACGACCAACUCCCCGAAUCCUCCUACGGCGAGCCAACACACCUCCACCGCACCACCACGAACGAAGCCGCAAUUGUCAGCGACUACGACGAUGACGAAGCUUCUGAGCUCUCACAACUCGACGGCAACUCGAGCCCUAGACAUCGCCGCCACUCCCUAUCGAACUCGAACCCGCAACAUCGUCGGUCUAGAAACUCACGCGCGAGAUCGAGUGUGCCGAUUGGAAUGGGUUUGGGAUUUCGGAGGCUCAGUUCGAAUUUGGGGAGUACGGGCGUGGGAGGAGGUGGGACGGGGGCUUGGGGGAGUGCUGCUUGA